UUUAUUGCCAUUUGUUUUCAGCCAGGUACCCUUAUUGAAUGGGGAAAUAAUUGGGGCCAGGCAAUUCAAAUUCGUCAAGAAGAGGAUGAUGCUGUGGCAGGACUGUUUUCUCAGAUAGGUGAACUGUAUGUUGUUCACCACAUAUGGGCAUAUGACGACCUUGCAACACGUCAAGUAAUAAGAGAGAAUCUGUGGAACAGGCCUGGUUGGGAUACCUGUGUCGCUAACACUGUUCCACUCAUUCGUCGAAUGGAAUCAAGGGUAAUGAUCCCAUUACCUUUUGGAUCUCUACAGUAAUCAAAGCAAAGGUUUUCAUUAGCUGAAGGGAUGUCAAAUUGUAUUUGUAGACAUUCCUUGCCAGGAGCAAAAAAGGAUCUCCAGUCUAAUGCUGCGUCACUUAUUUUACAUAAGUGAGGAUGAGGAUUACAGAUUUGUAAUUCAAUUUUGUUCUCAUCACCGCUAUGAUAUUGAAAAGGAAUUUAAAACUGGGUUAAUCUGUUAAUAGUGUAGGAAGUAAAUGAUUAUUUUAUUAAGUGCAAUGGAAUUUGCCAUAAUCAGAUCCCAUUAUGGCAGGUUAAAAAUGUAAUGUUUGAAUGUGACUGGGAUCAUGACCAUGUGUUCACUUGUGGCAAUAUUCUGCGUAGAGCUCCAUUGUAAAUUCCACUGAGCCAUUCCAUCUGCAAAAUGUAAUGUUGAAAGGUUCAGUUGUGGGACUGUUUGAGUAUAAAACUCAAUUUGCUGGA